AUUGAAAGACACGCAGAUUGUACUAAAUUAGGAAAUAUACCUCAUUGGACUUCAAAACCAUUGGUAGCUUAUCGCGGAGAUCGAAAUUUAUUAUUCUAAGUAACAAGAAAACAGAAAUGCUAAGUCAUCGCUGAUUGCACGAAAUUAGAAGCUUCGAGACAAAAUUAUUCGUCCAAGAAUCGUGUCUUAUUCGAGAAUAAUUACGAAAUCAGGAAAAUAAAUAAAGGGAUGAAAUCAGGCAUAUUGGGUCUUAUUUUAAAGAAAUUAUUGACGUUGCAUAUCACAAGUUGGUAAUAUUGAUAUUUCCUUUUGGAGGUGCUGAUAUGGAAAAAAAGGAAGCCCUCAAACUGCCCUUUCGUGCAAUUUAAUUGGCCAAAAGAUUGGAAAGUGCAAAUUAAUACGUCACGAACUAAUUCCUUUAACUAAAAACUUAAUGUGUUCCAUUGAGAUAAAAUGUUUUUUUUUCACAGCAGUAAAAACCUGAUUUAACAAGAACACAGAAAGUGACGAACAUGUCCGGCAAUAUUUCCGAGGAUGAUUUUUGCAAUCGUUUCAGUAGUUUUAGCUACAUGGCAGCACUUGGGAAUGAUCCGUUCAGAACAGCUUUCAUUGUCAACGCUGUUCUAAACGUUCCUUUCUGCAUCACGGCAACAGUGACCAAUGCCUUGGUCAUUAUCUCAAUUUGGCACUCGUACUCGCUAUGGACUCCGGCAAAUUUGUUGCUGAUAAGCCUCGCCAUGUCUGAUUUAGGAGUCGGUCUAAUUUUGCAGCCACUCUACAUCGCGUAUCUAAUCUCGUUUGCCGAGCGGGGAGUUAAAGAAUCUACUUGCACAAUGUCUGUUGCUGUAGCAGUAACAGCGUCCAUUUUCUCUUGCGUGUCUUUUGGAACAGUGACUGCAAUCAGUUUAGAACGUUAUCUGUCUCUCCGCCUCCAUUUACGAUGCGAAGAUGUCAUCACAUUGAAACGUGUCCGCCGAUUUCUCGUCAUUUUAUGGCUUCUUGGCGCGAUUUCUCCUCUGAUCUGGGUUAUGUUUGCUCCUUCAUAUAGAUCCUACUUUUUCGUCUCAGGAAUAAUGUUUUGCCUGGUCAUCUCAACAGCGGCUUACAUCAACAUUUACCGCAUCGCUUGUGUACAUCUGAAGAGGAUUGAAGCUUUAAGACACGAAGUUGACAAAAAGUCUAAAAAUCUUAUGCUACAACACCGGAGGAGGGGGGCUCUAAACAUGUUCCUAGUGUACUGUGUACUACUGUGUUGCUAUCUCCCUUACUCCUUGUGCCUUGCAUUGGGCAAAAUAAUGGGCUACACGGAAUGGAAUUGGAUCGCUAUCAACUUCACACUUACAAUUAUUAACAUAAACUCUUCCAUAAAUCCUUUGAUUUACUGCUAUCGUAUGCGAGAAAUUCGCCGAGCUAUAUUGCUUACUGUUUAUUCAGUGACUUUCGGUAGAACGAAUAUGAGACAGAUUACAUCUUGAUCGUUGAAAAGUGAAAAGUCAUCGACAAUUAAUUCAAGAGGAGAAUCUGCGACCGAAGCUAGUGUGAAAAAAAUAAGUUCCAAUGAUUUGUUACUAAACAUCUCCAUCCACGAAAUUGUGCGCAAAUACUCUAAUGUAUGGAAAGAGAGUUCUCGAUCGUAAUGGAAAAGUUUUCCUGUGGGGUGUAAUUUGUUUAAAGUGAUGAGUUAGUUCGAAAGUAACAAAACAAGAUGUAAACAAAACUUUGAAUUACUGAUUUUCAUAUAAACAUCGUUAUUUCUUGUUUCUUGCACGGAACUCAAUUUUACUCAAGCCAUACAUAAAUAGUGCGUCAGUGAAAAGAUAUCUGUACCACAGGUGGCCCAAGCUCACGUCACGAGAAAAAGCCAACGAUUAAUUCGUAAAAGCGUCACGCGUUGUGUGACUCGGUGUGAAGUCUUUUGACAGGAAUAACAGUGAUGACA